AAUGAGUCCCUAACAUGGUUAACAAAGCAACCCCAGUGCCCCCAUGGAGGCAAACUGGAUUAUCUCUUCACCAUCACAAAUGUUUCCGUGAGCUCCAAGUUUUGGGACACUGCUGUUUUCUUAAAAACUGAUACAGACAGGGAUGAACAGGAAGCUACCUUCAUCCUUGCUUGAGACCACAUGGGAGCAAAGAAGCAAUGCCCUUACCCACAUUCUCACUCUACCCACCACCCAACCUUCUCUCUCUUCCCAAUUCUUUGUAUCAAGCUGCAUCCCCUGUUUUAUUAAUUGGGAUUACCCACCCAUAUUUUGCAACAAACCCAAAAACCAGUGUCUCUCUCUUCACUGGAAAUGGGCUUUCUCACUCUUCCUUAGGAAAUUGGCCAACCUUGGGUUGCCCCAAACUUCAUGGAGGAGCAAAUGUCCAUUUACACAACCCCCACCACUGGUUCUUGCAAAGGGAGCAGAACCACCUCCAUUAAAGAUGGGGCCAGAGGAGAAGAGAGAGAUUUAUAGGAAGAUACUGAGAAGGAAGAGAUGGGUAAAGAAGGUUCCUUCCAUUAUUCCUUUCUUGGUUCCUAAUCUCUCUCUCUUCCUGAUGCUUUUGUAUGAUCCCCUGCCUCCUAAGAAGCCUUGAUAAGAUUUGUUGUAAAUCUCCAAAGCCUGCCUUUUUCUGUAUCUGAUGCUGUUUCUUUGUAUCUGUAUUUUUUUGAGAAGUAAUUAAUGUAUCAGUAUGCUGUGCAGUGAUUACUGAUGGCCUUUAUUUUGGGCUUUUCUCGGUUACAUGUUUGCUUAUAAGGGAAUGGAAUUUCCGUUGCCUAUUGGGUGUUUAA